AUGGCUUCUGGAUCCUACUGGUGUUAUAGUUGUAGCCGAUUCGUCUGGGUCUCCGAUUCCAUCUCCUGCCCUGAUUGCGACGGCGGCUUCCUCGAACACAUCCAGGAGACUGUUGAUUUCACACCUUCCGACUCUUUCCACCGUGUAACCAGUCAACACCGCAGCCCAACCAGGUUCCCUCUGUCUUCUUCCUCCACAUCUUCUAUGCACGCCUCCACGGCGGAGAACAGUCCGUCUCCCGCCGUCACCAGAACGCGGAGCAAUCGUUCUCCUAAUCCCGUGAUUGUUCUCCGUGGAUCUGGUCCUUCUGAUGUUUCCGAAGGUUUAGAUCGAUCUGCUUUUCAGAUGUAUUACGAUGACGGUACCGAUUCGGGUCUCAGGCCUUUGCCGCCGAGUAUGACGGAGUUUCUGUUGGGUUCUGGAUUCGAUCGGUUGUUGGAUCAGAUCUCUCAGAUCGAGCUCAACACGAAUCGGAACAAUCGUUCGUGUGAGCAUCCUCCGGCUUCUAAAUCGGCGAUCGAGGCUUUGCCUGUGAUCGAAAUCGAUCCGACUCAUCUCCUAUCGGAUUCUCAAUCUCACUGCGCCGUCUGUAAAGAGAACUUCAUCCUGAAAUCCGCCGCUCGUGAGAUGCCGUGUAACCACAUUUACCAUCCCGAUUGCAUCCUUCCUUGGCUUGCGAUUAGAAACUCCUGCCCAGUCUGCCGUCAUGAGCUACCGGCGGAGGAUUCCACCGACGCAAGUGGUGGUGGUGGUGGAGCUGCGACUGCUACUGCCGCAGUAACGCAAGAGGAAGAGGAAGACUCUGCAGCAGGACUAACGAUUUGGAGGUUACCAGGAGGAGGAUUCGCCGUGGGGAGAAUCCCCGGAGGAUGGAGAGGAGGAGACAGAAUGAUGCCGGUGGUGUACACGGAGGUAGACGGAGGUCGAAUCGGCGACGAGAGACUUCCGAGAAGAGUAGCGUGGGGCUCGAGAAGAGGAGGAAGAGAAGGAGGUAGUAGAGAGAGAGCGGGUGGGUUUGCGGGUCGGAUCAUGAGACUCUUUGGAUGUUUCAGCGGGUCAUCUGGAUCCAUAGCUGCAGCAACAUCAUCAGCGUCCGGGUCGAGAUCACGGAUUACCCGUAGGAGCAGGUCGUCGUUUUCUAUGUUCAAUGCGCCGUCGUCUUCCUCUAGGAGACGAAAUUGGCUAGCGUGA